UCUCCCUCCCCACGCUCUCGUCCCCGACGGUUCCUCCGCCCAUCGCGUCCCUGCCUCCUCCGCCCCGCGCGCUUCCCCUCAACCUCCUCCUCCUCCUCCGCAGCUCGCCACCCACCCCCGUGCUUCACCGUUGCCGCCACAUCCCUAACACCUGCCCCUCGUGCCGGCUCAGCCAUCCCCGUCACGGCUCUCGCCUCCCUCUCGCGCUCGCCGACGACGCCGGGUAGGGGGAGGUUUAAUUGGGUGGUGCGCGGCUCGAUCUAACACGAGUGUGCUAACGCACUUGCCUCAUCCCUGUUGCGCGAAAAUCGACCGGCCUCCUCGCAUCGACGCUGCGUGGGAGCCUCGGCUGGCCAUCCGCCCACAGCCCUCCCCUGCUGCUUUUAACUACAAUAUACGAUAUGGACUUUUGCAAGGACGUGCGAUGGACCACCAUGCCGCCCAUGGGAGCAAUUGAUAUGAGCAGCUAAGGAGCAGGUUAGGGGAGUCCAAUUGGAAUUUGCUUGUUACCUGAAAUUCUGAAUCCAUUUAAGGUGUCUGAUUUUCUCCUCUUGUUCAUUUGUUUGAGGUAGUGGGAAGUAGUAAACAGGCUGCACUUUUUUUUAUGCUUCAGGCAUUCAAGUUGUUUGCUGGUUGUUUAAUGAAUUUGCUUGCUGGUUUCAUCUAAGACGAUGGAGGUCAAACGGUUUUAACAAUGAUAGCCUUUCUUUCCAGACAAGCAGGAGCAAAUUGAAUUUUACCAAACUGUAUUGAAUUCAUGGUUGAUAGGUAUAUUGACGUUGGUGAAUUGUAGACAUGGUUGAAUCUUACAAGCUUGAUCAGCGAGACUGUUGUCAUAUCCCAUCAGAAAUGACUUUGCAAAAUGCAAAUAAAAAAUGUUCAUUCCAUUGCAUGGGCCAAUUAGCAGCUUGGUUUCUACAAUAUUUGCACAGCUCUGUUACAUAUCUAUAAAUUUUCAUUCAAGCUGCCUAUUUUAAUACUUGUAAGUUUUGGAUUAAGAAACAGCUUGUGGGAACAGAGUGGUGAAUGGAUGCUUUUUAGCUUUUUUGUAGGUUUACAAAUGCUUAUUUUAAUUUCAUUUGGUAAGUGGAACAAGUAUGUUUCAGCCUGUAUCAAGUGCAUAUAUCUAUACCUGCAAAAAAGAUUGCAUAUAUUCAUAUUUGCUGCCAUCAAACGGCAUCAGUUUCCUCCAAUGUAAACAACCUCAAUGUUGGGUUUUUCUCCCCACUAUGUAUUAUGUUAUUUCUUAGUUAACUUCAUGCAAAUAGCGACAUGACAAUAUAAGUGCUUAAGGUUUAUGUCAUGUAAAUAGCGACAUGCAAAUAGUGAGUUGCCUCUUAGAUUGUCAUCAUUCAUCGAACUUGUCGACGCAUUGGUUUGUAAAGAUUAUGUCUUGCAUUUUUUGCAUGCAAACCCUUUGUAAUAAGUUUUUUUUCCCCUUUUGUAACAAGCUUCUGCUUCCUUCUCUCAAAUUUUAAUUCCUGUAGUCUCGGCUGUUAUGAUCUGCUUGAUAUAGAAUUCAUUUGUGAAAAACCAAGUGAACAUGCCUUUUGCAAUUAUCAGCGUAUUUACGAUUUGACAAACUUGAGUUCCUGACAGUUUCACCAGUAAUGGCCAUUUUCCUUAACUCGUUAUUAUACGAAGAAUUGUAUUCUAUACCAUUGUUCCCUCGGGUUUAGACUGGGGGAGCUGUACCUACACACUUCCGUACAUGGCUAGUCAGUUAUGCUGUCAGUUCAUCACCUGAACCUUUCUGUUCUAUUAACAGUUUCAGCCGUGCAAAUGCGUUAUCUGUCUGUUUUGGUGUGGUGCUGCAAUUUGUAAUUGGAUCAUUUUUUUUUCCUCUAAUACAAAGAUACGAAAAAAAAUGUUCUGUUUAUGCAUUCAACCCGUGCAAACAGUCAUAAUUUUUUUUGAAAAGAAAAGAGUCAUAAAUUUGGUUGGCUUUCUUUCUUGAAGUCCUGCCGAAGCAUUUGUCAGAGUGGUUGCUGUCUAAAAGAAAUGCACUUUGUCUGCCAAACUCUGAGUAUCUGGUCGAGUAGGCCAACUGCAUUUCUACUAUGCCCUUGUCAGCUCUUUCUGCCCCAGCAACUUGUCCGGCCUGCACUUGUAAAAAGCUCGUGUCCCUUUGGUGGCAAGUCCCCUUCUUCCCCUCUACCGGUUUUUACUUGACCAUGACACAAGGCCUGUAUUCUUCUGCUGCUGCCGCUCCUGGUUGGUGUUUGAAGUAGAAGCCAAGACAAAGCCCGGGAACCAUGUCUACUUCAACAUCACGGCCUCACCUGCAGUGGCAGCACCCUCACCCAUGGCCGUCAUGGAGGCAACCGCCGCGAGCCGCGCCGAGGUCGACACCUCCCGACCGUUCCGGUCGGUCCGGCAGGCCGUCGAGGUCUUCGGCGAGCGGUACGCCGGCGGUGGCAACGGCAGCAGCUCCAAUGCGAGCAGCGAGUCCAGCGUCAAGCUCAGCGCACCUCCGGCGGCCUCGUCGUCCAGGGUGCUGGAGCUGGACUGCCUGAGGAAGCUGGAGGAAGACCUGGCGGAGGCCAAGGGCGAGCUGGUGGAGCUAAGGCAGAGGCAGGCCCACAUGGAGGUGGCCAUGUCCAGCCUGAGCGCGCAGUUCAGCAGGGGCCUGGCCGUCUUCUCCGGCCUCGGCAAGGGGAUGGCCGUCGCAGAAGACGAGUACAGCGGCCACGGCCGGGUCCGCAGCGACCGGUGGGACGAGAGGCGGGCCGAGGAGUGGAUGGCGAGCCUGGAGUACCUGCCGAGCCUGUCGGAGGCGCUGGCCAUCAAGAUGAUCGAGGACGACGGCAAGGGGAGGAAGGCCAAGAACGCCAAGAACAAGGCCGCCAGGAAGAAGCACAAGAAGCAGAGGAGUGGCAUCUCAUUGGUCGGGGGCAUGUUCUGCUCCAAGAAAGCCAAGUCCAGGUGAUCUAAACACAGGCCGGGACAACACAUACUUAUACCAGAGAUGGGUUUUUUUUCCACCUUAAUUUUCUGCUGAAGAAUACAGUCUGCUGCCUCAUAAGCUGCACUGCGCAGCAGUUGCCGGUCUGGACUCUGGAACAUGGGAAUUUCGCAAGGAUUUUGUUGGAGCAAUUUGUUUGGCUCCUGUAGAAAUCCUGCGAAAUUCCUGGUGGUUCUUCAUGGGGAGCUGGCCUAAGGGAUUUUUUUUUUAAGAAAGCCUAAGGGUGUUUUGAAGUUGAUGCUGCCUUGUAAUACCAAAUUGAUGAUUGUGUAGGAGAGGUAUGUCCGCCAGCCAGAUAAACUAUCGCUACUGGUUUUAUUUCGGACGGUAAGAAUGAGCCGACACGAAUGAUGUGUCAUGCAGUAGUGAACAUAGUACAAAAUUUCGUUGAGUUGGCUCGAAGACGUUCACUUUUUUU